AGUCGAUACUAAUAUUGUCCUCAUUUUACAUUUAAUCUUAAAACGUUACAUGACUUGGCUCAGGUCACCCAGUUAACAACAGGAGAGCCAAUUUUUGUUUGCCACAGGAAUUGGCAUUUUCAGGUCCAGCUCUAUACCCCCAAAGAUUUCAACCUGCCUGAGCCUUGACAGACUAGGAUAAGAAUCUCCCAGUGUGCCUGAAAAUGGACGUAAAUAAAAUCCUAUACUGAUGUCAUCUAGGCUACGGUGGAAAGCAAUGGAUGAUGCUCCAGGUGUGGGGAAGUGCAACCAUUUCAGCCUGCCGGUUAUCUUUCACUCAGUUGCAGGAAAUUAGGCAUACUGCUUUCCAUAAGCUACUUGUCUUGCAACUUUCUGAGCAAGUCACACCUUCCUUGAACCUUGGUUUCUAUUUCUAUCAAAUAGGGUUGAUAAUACCGAUCUCACUAGCAGCAUUUAAGAUUAAGCAAGACGGUUAAGCUGUAAAAUUUCUAAGCAGAGUACCCUCGCAUGUACUGCGCAAAUAAAUUGUAGUUCAGAGUGGACCAAAAGAGGUGGGAACAGGCUAGUCAGAGUUGGAGUCUGGGUAGAGCCUAAGCGGAUGGGGUCCGCGGAUUGGGUCAGACGAAGGGGCCGGGCCAAGAAGGAGGAGUCAGCAGUGUCCUUCCACAGCACUGAGCUUUGAAUCAAGCGCGGUAGUUUCAGGUGUAGCCAAUCCUAGACUAGCAUUUUCUUCCGUCAGUUGUUGCUAAGGCUAAUAGCCACGCGUCUCUCACCGAGAUCGGUUCUAACCGUUGCUGUACCCGUGCUCUGCUUUUGCGUGUCCAUCCGUUACGACUCAGAGAACGGACAGAAAGUUUUAGACACCUCCCCAAGUAUCCGGGCUGGAAAGAGGCUACUCGCUCCAAACAUGCAGAGCAGCACCAGCUUCCCCUUUUGUGGAAGUCGCUGGCUGACGCCGAGUCAGGAGUUGUAAUACCAAUAUUCCCGUUCUUCUUACACGACUUGCUAGAAAAGUAGGAAGUUGCUUUUUUUGGGGGAAAGCGGGCCAGGCAAGAAAGGUACCCCGUAAAACCAGAAGCCACGGUGGGGGUGUCCUUGGGUGAGACUAGGCUGAGUUCUGGCCCUUUAAACUCGAGGGGGAGGAUCCGGAAGUGGAUGGGCGGGAUGAAAGGCCCUGAUAUAUAAGAGGGCCCAGCCGCGCGGGGUCUCCAAUCUGCCAUUUUCUGUCCGCAAAUAAGUCUCUGGCAUCCGAAAUUCCCUCUAUUUUCCUCACAGGCUGUAUUCCGUCCGCUGGCCCACCACCUCAGGGGAACGAUGGCCGCAGACUCCACAGCCACUGCCGCCAUCGCCGCGGAGCUGGUUUCCUCCGACAAAAUUGAAGAAGAUGCUCCUGCCCCUUCUACCUCUGCUGAGAAAGUAGAGAGUUUGGAUGUGGAUAGUGAAGCUAAGAAACUAUUGGGUUUAGGACAGAAACAUCUGGUGAUGGGGGAUAUUCCAGCAGCUGUCAAUGCGUUCCAGGAAGCAGCUAGUCUUUUAGGUAAGAAGUAUGGAGAGACAGCUAAUGAGUGUGGAGAAGCUUUCUUUUUCUAUGGGAAAUCACUUCUGGAGUUGGCAAGAAUGGAGAAUGGUGUGUUGGGAAAUGCCCUGGAAGGUGUGCAUGUGGAAGAGGAGGAAGGAGAAAAAACAGAAGAAGAAUCUCUGGUUGAAAAUAAUGAUAACAUAGAUGAGGAAGCAAGGGAAGAGUUGAGAGAACAGGUUUAUGACGCCAUGGGAGAAAAAGAAGAAGCAAAAAAAACAGACGACAAGUCUCUGGUAAAGCCUGAAAUUGAUAAAGAACAGGAGACUGAAAUGGAGAAGGGUGGAAGAGAAGAUAUGGAUAUAAGUGAGUCUGCAGAAGCAGAGGAAAAAGUUGAAUCAACCCCAGAUCAGUUAACUGAAACCACUGAAGAGGUGAAAGGAGCAGCAGCACCAGAAGAACUGAAUGAAGCUGAGGUUGCUUCUGGGAAGCCAGAACAAGAAGCACCAGAUGCUGAGGAGGGAAAAUCAAUUUCUGCAACUGACAUCCAAGAAGAGUACAGAGAAAAAGGAGGCCAGGAGAAGCAGAGAGAAGUAAUUGUGAGCAUAGAGGAGGAGCCAAAAGAAGCUUCAGAAGAGCCGUCUGUUGUGACUGUAGAAAAGCAGGGCACUGCAGUGGAGGUAGCAGCAGAGCCUAUAGAUCCAACAGUCAAUCCAGUGGAUGUGGGUGGGAAUGAGCCAAAGGAGCAGGUAGCUGCCUCUGAAAACGAGCCAGGAAAAGCUGUUCUUGAGCAGCCGGUAGGGCAAGAAGUGCCUCCUGCUGAAGAGUCACCAGAGGUGACACCGGAGGCUGCAGAGGCCUCAGCUGGAAAAGCUGGGUCAGAAGUCUCUGAGAAGCCCAGGCAGGAGGCCACAGUUCUCCCUAAAGAUGAUGCAGUCAAUGGACUCUUAGCUGCAGGAGAUCAGACUCCUGUUGAACCAGAGACUAAUGCAGAAGGUUUGGCAGAAACAAAAGAUUGCUCAGGACUAGAGGAGGAGGUCAGGGCAGAGUUGGUUCCUAAUCAGGAGGAGACUAAGCUGUCCAUAGAAGAGUCUGGGGCAGCUGGAGAUGGGGUUGAGACCAAGGUAGCCCAGGGGGCUACUGAGAAGUCCCAUGAAGACAAAGCUAAGAUAGCUGCUAAUGAAGAAACACAAGAGAGAGAAGAACAGAUGAAAGAGGGUGAAGAAACUGAGGGCUCAGAAGAGGAGGAUAGAAAUGAGAAGGCUGAAGAAACACCCAAUGAGUCAGUUCUUGAAAACAAGUCUCUUCAAGAAAAUGAAGAAGAGGAGAUUGGAAACCUAGAGCUUGCCUGGGAUAUGCUGGAUUUAGCAAAGAUCAUUUUUAAAGGUAAACUUGGUGAUUCUAGGCUCAGGCAAGAAACAAAAGAAGCUCAGCUUUAUGCUGCACAGGCACAUCUUAAACUCGGAGAAGUUAGUGUUGAAUCGAGAAAUUAUGUCCAAGCUGUGGAGGAGUUCCAGGCUUGCCUAAACCUACAAGAGCAGUAUCUGGAAGCCCAUGACCGGCUCCUUGCAGAGACCCACUACCAGCUGGGGUUGGCCUAUGGGUAUAACUCUCAGUAUGAUGACGCAGUGGCACAGUUCAGCAAAUCUAUUGAAGUCAUUGAGAAGAGAAUGGCCCUGUUCUUUGUAGCUGUACUAAAUGAGCAGAUGAAGGAGGCUGAAGGCUCACCUACUGAAUAUGAAAAGAAAUUGAGGAGUAAGGAACUGCUGCCUGAAAUUAGAGAGAAGAUAGAAGAUGCAAAGGAGUCCCAGCGUAGUGGGAAUGUAGCCGAAUUGGCUCUGAAGGCAACUCUGGUAGAGAGUUCGACUUCAGGUUUCACUCCUAGUGGAGGAAGCUCUUCAGUCUCCAUGAUUGCCAGUAGAAGGCAAACAGAUGGUGCUUCCUCAUCAAAUUGUGUGACCGAUAUUUCCCACCUUGUCAGAAAGAAGAGGAAACCAGAGGAAGAGAGCCCCCGGAAAGAUGAUGCAAAGAAAGCCAAACAAGAGCUGGAGGUGAAUGGAGGCAGUGGGGAUGCAGUCUCCUGUGGAAAUGAAGUUUCGGAAAACAUGGAGGAGGAGGCUGAGAAUCAGGCUGAAAGCCGGGCAGCAGUGGAGGGGACAGUGGAGGCUGGAGCUACAGUUGAAAGCACUGCAUGUUAAGAGGGAGCAGAGCCUUCCUCCCAAGGGAAAGUGUUUUGUAUAUAAUGUAUUUUUUCACUUUUGGGGGAUUCUUUUUGUAUAACUUCAAUAAAGAUUGUAAUCAAAGUUUGAGGCUUUGAUGAUUUUUUUUCUUAAAUAUUGGCUGAAUCUGUGCCUUGGAGCACUCCGUGUUUUAUAUAGUGGCCAAAGGUACUUCCCCCACUUCUGUACUGGUCUCUGUGGAAAAUUCUGAUCCAAAUUCCUGUCUGUUUAAUGUGGAGCUGAUCAAAUCAAGUGUGGCUGCCGGCCCUUCGUCUUCCAAUGGUGCUAUAUUUUUUCCGUUUCAAGUACUUGACUGAACCCAGCUGUCUUGCAAACUUUCAGUGGUGCUGUCCCUGGAUGGGGGCUAUAGAAACAAGACUUGGUGAAGAUCUUGCUCUUUGGUGCUGAUACUGUGUUGUGGACUCUGAGCUGAUAACAGCCUCUAAACCAGGCCUUGGGUGGUACCUGUGUUUUGUCUAUCCAGUCUCCAACGGGGCCCAUAAUUCUGUCCUGUAAAAAGAACUCUGAAGAAAAUGGGGGUGGAACGGGUGUGAUCCUCGAGGGAAACUGGUGUGCUGAUUGUAGAGAAUUGCGAUUUCUGGUUUGAAGGUGGCUGAGGGGCUGACUGUGAUGGACACUGUGGUUGGAAGAAUUUGGGGAGGCUGGCUGGUGGAGUUAUAUUGUUUUCUGUACAGAAAGUUUGAAUUAUAUCAACACUUGGAAUUGUUAUCUGUCUGCAGUUUUGACUUCUCAAAUAAAGAUGCUACAAAGA